AUGGUUACCUCAUCGAUAGUUUCAUAUGGUGGUGCUUCUGUUGCCACGUCAUCAUUUUUGCCAAUAAUUUCUUCAACUUCAUUAUCAACUACACAACCAACACCACCAUAUUUAUCAGCCAAUUCCAAUAAUUUUAAUCAAUUGAAUAUGGUAAGAAAUUGAAGAGCUAGAAUUGAAAGCCGAAAUUCGGAAUUCCAGAAAUUUUUAGAAAAUGCGAGCUGAGAUUUUGCCACGUGGAAUUUUUCAUGUUUCGAAAUGUGUUUCUAAAAAUCAUGAAAAUGUUGAAACAGUAACAUUUUUUUGAAAAAGUUUUCAAUUUGGCACUGAUUUUGCCACGUGGAAUCACAUUUUUUGUUGAUGAGAAAAUUGCAACCUCAAAACCAGAGAAAAAAAUUCCAUGUUGAAACAAAUUCACUGUUUCAAAAAUAACUGUUUUAUCGAAACUUGCUAUUCAAAAUGAUUCCAAUCGCAAUUCGACAAAAUUAAUAAAAAUUUUGAAACAGUGAAAAAAUAUGAAUUCAAAAUUUCCACGUGAUUUUUUGUAGUUUUUUUUCAGUGAUUUUGCCACGUGGCGUUUGACAUUUGAAAUUUAAAAAUGAAAAUUUUCCAGCUUUUCGGUUCAAACUUCGUCUACGAUCGUCUCAAUUCGUGUGCCCCAAAUCAGGUGGCAAAAAUUCGAAAAAAAUUGGAAGAAGAACAAGAUGCCGGUGUUUCGCUGCUUGAAAAGUUGGUUUUGCCUGAAAAUUCUAAAUUUUAAAAACUUCUGAAAUUUUGCAGCACUCGACGUGGCGCUUUAUUUUGUCGAUCUGGAAAUUGGCUGGAAAUUGAUAGUGAUAUGAGAAUUCAUGGAACUCGCGAUGAAAAUUCGAUUUAUUGUGAGUUUCAUUGGAAAAAAUGAAAAAAAAUAAAUUAUGUGAUUUUCAGCUGUUCUUGAAUUUAUAUCAGUGGCAAUUAGCCUAAUUUCAAUUCGAGGCGUCGAAACUGGCAAUUUUAUGUGUAUGGAUCCGUCAGGAAAAUUAUAUGCUACGGUAGGAAAUUUUUAAAAUAAUUAAUAUUUUUUAAAAUUUCACUGUUUCAAAAAAGACUAUGAAUUUGAGACACUUUUGAAAAUUAAAAUUUCAAUAAGAAAAAAAUCUGUGAACAAUAUUUCAAAAUCAUCUCAAACAUUUCUAAAAAUUCUGAAACGUAUUUUUCCCCGGGAAAAACAUAGAGAAAUUCCAAAAAAAUUAAUUUAAAAAAUUACUGUUUCAAAAUUAUCAUAUGAUUUUCAAGAAACAUUUCUUGGAUGUUAAAAAUAUUUUCUACUUUUCCGAAAAAAAAACAAACAUUUCUUAAAAUUUUUUUCAAUUUUAAUUCUAAAAAAGUACUAAUAAAUUUUCCCUGUUUCAAAAGUUUCCCUUAUCCAAACCAGUUUUCUUCUUUGCAGCCAUCCUCAAAUUAUUCUUCUGAAUGUGUUUUUAUCGAAGAAAUGGCUCUCAACUACUACAAUUUAUAUUCUUCAUGUUCUUAUGGUUCACGACAAAAUCCUUGGUAUUUGGAAUUGCGAAAAACGGGAAAACCGCGACGCGGACCACAAACUAAAAAACGACGAAAAGUACGGUGGUUUUUGAUUUGGGAAAACAAUUUUAUUUGAAUGUUUUUAGGCCAGUCAUUUUCUCGUUGUUCAUCACGAUUUGAAUACCUAUGGAGAUGAGAGAAAAAAUCGAGAGGUUAGUUUGAAAAUUGAUUUUUUCUUGGCACAAAAAAUCCAUGUGACAAUUUUUUUUACUUCAUGAAAGAUUUACUUAAUGACUUUCUGUGUCCCUAAAAUUUCAAAAAGUGUUUUUUGAAACAGUAAAUUUUUAUGUUCAAAAUUAGAAUAUUUCGAGGAAAUUUUGAAACCUAUUUUUUGCUGGUUCAUUGAGUCUGAAAAUAAUCACAAAAAUUCAUAAAAUUUUGAAACAGUAGUUUUUUCUGAAAUUUUUAAAAUAAUUUAUGUUUUAAACUAAAAAUUCAAAUAUUUUAUUCUCUAUAGAAAAGUCACUGUUUCAAAAAUUUCAUGAAUAUUUUUUUGUUUUCCAAUUUUGUUCAUCCAUCCUUCAUUUUUUCAAUAUAAAUUAAGUUUCGCUUAUAAAAAUUCCACAUGGAUUUUCAGCCGUCAAAAAACCUCACGUAUUUUUUACAGGAUGAGAAUGAUCUAAUAAUAGCAUCUUUAUAUCAUCAUCCACCAUCAAGACCACUUCGAAGACUUCCAGCAAUUCAGGGAAAAGCAAGGAUUUCCAAGUAAGAUUUAAAAAAUGGCUAUGAACGGGGAAAUGGGGGUUUUAGAUGAAAACAGCGGAAGGUCCCAGUUUCAAAAAUAUUUUAUCAGAAUUUCUCAGAAUUGCCAUAAUAAAAAAACCUCGGAAAAUAUUUUUCACAUAUAAAUUUUGAAACCUAUUUUUCAUGUGAAAAAUUCGACAUGCAAACAAUCUCAAAAAAUCAUAAUUGUUUAUUGAAAAAUGUUGAAACAGUGAAUUUUUUUUGGAAAAAAAAUGCAAGUAUGCUAGCGCGAAGACCGAAAAAUAUUCCACUAUCAAAUGUUGUUUUCAGCAUUCGCGCAAAACUCGAACAAGUUCCAACAAGUCCUCCAAUUCUUGUCGAAAUCGAGGAAAAAGAAAAACGACGUCGAAAAAAUCGACGUCAAAAUCGACUUUUUAGAGACGAAAAAAGGAGAAGAGAAAGAAAAGAAGAAUUGAAAAGACUACAAGAAAUGGAUCGAAGGCGGCCUUAUAAAUCAUCAUAUUCAAAUAGGCCUAAGCCUAGGCCUGGAAUUGGACAGCCUUAUAUUGGAACAAGUCCAACAAGUAGACCAAUUUAUCCAACAAAACAACCUAAUAAUAUUGUUUAUCAAAGAUUUCCUUGA